UGCUGCAAAGCUGCUCUGACAGCAGGUUGUAAACUGCGAUCAAACAGUUGGACACUGACUCUUGAAGCGGCUGUUUUCUCUGUUGCUGGAGAUGUUUCUUUGCAGGGGAUUUUUUUUCCCUCAGAUUAUUUAUUCCUGGAUGUUUCAUCAAACAAAAUCGAUCUCUCUCGUGACUGCACGGAGCGGACUGUGUGAAGCUGUCAGGAUUCCUCCAAUCUGCAAAGAGGACACAUUAUUCCAUCCCCGGCACACAUGAGUAGAAUGACAUGUGUUGAUCUUUGACUGCACGAGCACGCAAACCAGUGGGUACUUGCUCCUUAGCUGUUGGAUCAGGGCUUGGACUCCCAUCUUUUUUAAGAUCAAUGAUGAAUAAGAAUGAUGUUGAAGGUGCCUGCAGAGUGAAACGUUAGCGCUCAAUGCCCAGACCAAGGCCAUGUCCAGACAGCCCUUUAAUUCAUUUGAAUGAGGCGGGAUGCCAACGCAGAGGGCACAAGUGAAAACCAGCUGGCAAAAAUGUUGAACCUGGCUCUACUUUUGCUGCAACGCUCAUCAUCCGCUAAGACUCUGCGUCGGCAAAACAAAUUCUAAGACUACUGGGUAGCGUGAAUGGAUUAUUUCUGCUGUUAGGAUUGUACUAGUUGGUGAAGACCAAAGAAUAGAUGCUGCUCUAUCAGGUUCAGGGUUUGUUCCUGAGAAGUCGCUGACUAGGCUUUGAAUUCAUGGAUCUAUCCGUCAUACUGGAUUUCCUUGUUUCAUGUCUUUCAUGUCCCAAAAGCAACAUUUUAUCACCAACGCAACUCCUUGCGUUGAUAUAACGCAGGGCUGAUUUGCCCGCUAAUGGGGGUCUCUCAAAGGUGCAGGUCAUCCGUAAAACCUCCCUCCUUUGGUUCUCCUUUCUCUGUGAGAACAUUGUGGCUUCUGUCGAUGGUUAUGACUGCACGUGCGUGCCCUAAGGUCUGUCAUUGCUCGGACAGGAACGGUGUGGUGGUGCAGUGCACCUCACGGAACUUGGAGAGCAUCCCGACGAACUUGCCCAAGGACACUGUCGUUCUCUUGCUUUCAUCUAACCGGAUCAGACACAUCACAAGGGAGGCCUUCACAGACCUCCACCGCCUCAGGGAACUGGACUUAUCUCAAAACGCCAUCGAGAAUGUGGAGGUCGGUGCCUUUCAAGGAAUUUCAGAGAGCCUGCGGACCUUGGAUCUUUCAAACAACCACCUCAGCGGCCUCCCAAAGGACACCUUCGCCAAGCUGCACGCCCGGGUCCGCCUGUCCGACAACCCCUGGCACUGUGAGUGCUCUCUGCAGGAGGUGUUAAGGGAGCUGAGGCUUGACCCGGAGACGGUGAACGAGGUCAGCUGCUACUCGUCGGUGCAGGAGGAAUACAUCGGACAAUCGGUCAUCCAAGUCCUGGACUCUGGGAUCAACUUUUGCAACUUCCACCACAAGACGACAGACGUGGCCAUGUUCGUCGCCAUGUUCGGCUGGUUUUCGAUGGUGACUGCUUACAUCAUUUAUUACAUCAAACACAACCAGGAGGACGCCAGGAGGCACAUGGAGUACCUCAAAUCGCUGCCCAGCACGUCACAUAUCAGCAAGGACUACGACACAGCCAGCAGUGUGGUCUAAUGUGUUUGAGAAUGGAUGCAACUUCACUGAGGAAUAAAAAUGAAGGAGCAGCAGAGAAUACAGAUCAAGGUGCACCAAUGAGUAUGUG